AUGUUUUUCGCGCUCUUCCUCCCGCUUUUCAUCGCGUUCCUAUCGGUAAGUGUCUUAACUUUUUCCUCCUCCCCACCCCCUUUCCCGAAAUGACCACACGCACUUUCUAACAACAAGUAGGUCGUUUCAUGUCUCUUUCCACUUUUCGCCCCCCCAAAAAAGUCCGAAAUUGCAGGUCGUCGAGGCGAAAACGUUCGAGAAUCGCAUAGUUGGUGGGCGGACGAAAAAAGUGCGUGUGUAAUUGGGUGAACUUUUGCAGGCAAACCAUUCGUUUCGUGCCGCCCCGACGCGAUUUCACUUUUCGCGCAAACCGACGAGUUCUUCGAAGGACAGGUAAAUACGGAUGGGCGAAAAUUGGGACGUGGCGGUGUUUGUGUGUGUUUGCGCGCGAAACGCUACAAAAUUCGCCAACGUCACGGUGUUCAGAGCUGAAAAUGGGCGCAAGUGCGUUGGCGCGAAAUUUAAAUUUUAACAGCAAAAUUUGUGUUUUUUGCCAGAUUAGCCACGAAAAAUCGAUAAUUUCUCAUUUUUCUCUCGAUAGACCGAUUUUAUAGGCUAUUACGAAUUUUUUCAGCGCAAGAGCGUCAAGUCGCAAAUCACAUUUAUCCGUUUGAAAAUUUUUGGCGAAAACUGCGUGAAUUUCAGUUGCUUUUCGGUAUUUUUCGCGGUUCGAGCGCUCAAAAUGCUUGUAUUUACGUGAUUUAUCAUUCUCAAAACCAAUUCUGUCGGAAACCGGUCAAGAAAUCGCAAAAUGUGAAGUGCGGCGAUCGGCGGCGAAGGCGAAAAAGCAAAGUCCGCGAAAAAUGCGCCAAAACGUCAUUAAUUCUGCGAAUUAGUGUGUUUUCAUGUCGAACAAUCAUUUUUCAUCGCCUUUGAGCACAAAAAUCAGAAAAAAACGUGCUCAAUUCAUGAAAACGCCAUUUGGCCGCCGAGCCCACGCGCAUAUUGCUCUGGAGCUCUGGAGACCGUGGCGCCAACAUCAACUCUGACGGGCGUAUUGCAGAUCUACGUGAGAGGCUCGCGCGUGAACCCCGCCUGCGUCAAACACUACACGUUGGACGAGAAUUCGACGGCACUCGAGCUGAAGAUCGACGCCGAUCAGCUGUUGCUUUGCGGUUUCAAGGCGUCGCCAAAGCCGAAUUCGAAAAAAUGGCUGCUCACCGGCCACAUCAUCGUCGCGUUUCAUCGGAAUUUGGUGACGCCGUCGGACCGCGCGUUCCGUGCGCACUGCGAAUUCGACGACUUCCGACGCGACGCCGAAAUCGGCGUUCAAAAGUGAGAGAGAGAGCGAGCGUCAAAAAAUCACAAUUUUCUUGCAGUCUUCUCGAAAAACACGACAUUCUCACUGGAAACUUUGAAACUGCCGCCGCUGCCGCCGUCACAAUGACGAUUUUGUCGGCCGGCGAAGAGUCGCUCGCAAAAGUGAGCGUUUCGAUGAUGCGCCUUCAAAAUGUUCACAAAAAAAACCCCGUUCAGAACGCUGCGGAAAGUGCUCGAGUGCUGAAAGUCGGCGAUCCGAUCAUUUUUCAAUGGAAAAUGGAAAGAGAGCGUGAUGGUGCGACGGCAUUUUCGCUCGUUUUUCACAUUUUCUUUUAGGCAUCUUCGGAAUCCAAUUGGAGCGAUGUUCGGCGGAAACCGCGUCCGGAAAAGGCACAAAGAUCAUUGAGAACGGCUGCUCGCUGGACGAGCAGCUCAUUUCCGACGCCACGUUUUCGCCGGACAACUCCAACAUUUUCGCCAAUUCGUUGGCGUUCAAAUUUCCCGACGAGCACGUCGUCUACAUUCGGUGCGCCGUGCGGACUUGCGUCAAAAGGUACUCGCAUUCAACGCCUCGCCCAAAAUUUCGUUCUGCGCCUUGCAUACCGUAUUUUAAUGGUUUGCCAUGCAAAAUAUGAGAAAACCGCGAAUUUUCAAGCUAGAUUUGAGGAAAAAAUCGGUGCCGCGCCUUUAAUACCGUACCUUUCGUGGCGAGACCCCACAUUUUCAGAACUGAACACUUGGAAAUCAUAAACGGAUCCGAGGAGGAUUUGUGCGUAUCGCAACCCGAAUGCGGACUAAAUCAACGAAAUCGACGUCAACUUUCGAGUGAGUAUCACGGGGGCGGUGUGGCCGAGAAAAAGCUAGGCCAUCUCCACUUUUCAGAUGGCAACAACACUCGAACGGACAUCAUCCACGUGAACGGACGGUUUCAAAUCGAGCGGCAUCGCAAUUUUGAGCACCUAAGAAGUCCGGAACGAUCGCUGGUCGACACCCAAUUCUGCUUUCCCGACACGAUCUACAGCAUCGGAGUGUCGGCGAUGAUUCUGUGCUAUCUGGCCACCAUUUCCACGACUGUCUGGUUCAAAUGCUCAAAAUGUUGA